GGCAGAGGAGGGGAAGCGGGAGGAGGAGGAGGAGGUGACAAACUCCCCGGCUCCGAGCCGCGGCUGGCAGCCUGCGGUCAGGCAUGCAGGCGCGGCGUCUAGCCAAGCGCUCCAGCCUGGGCAGCCGCCGGGGGGGCGCCGCCGCGCCGCAGGCGCCCGGCCCCGCGCCCGCCAAGGAAGGCGCCUCGCCCGGGCUCGCGCCCCCGGGCCCGGCCCCGGCCGCGGAGAGCUGGAGGCCGCCGCUGCCGCCGCCGCCGCCGCCGCGCAGCGCCGGGACCGGCCCCCCUCGGGCCGCCGCCGCCGCCUCGUCGCCCGUGCUGCUGCUUCUGGGGGAGGAGGACGAGGACGAGGAAGGCGGGAGCAGGCGGCGGAGGGGGCUCGGGCGGGUGCAGGAGAAGCCCCGAGGGGGCGCGGAGGAGGAGGAUGACGACGAGGAAGACGAGGACGAGGAGGUGGUCGUCGACGAAGACGAGGAGGACGGCGAGGAGCGCUUCACGCCGCUCGGCCCGGGCCGCGCAGUCCCCAGGGGCCCGGCCCGGGGCGCGUUGAAGGUGGGAAGCAUUAAGCGGGAAAUGACCUUCACAUUUCAACCAGAGGACUUAAAACGUGACUCUAGUAAAAAAAUGUCUCAUCAACACUUGUUUCCAUUGGCCAUGGAGGAAGAUGUGAAAACAGCAGAUGCCAAAAAAGCCAACCGAGCCCUUGACCAUGAAAAAGAAAACACGCGCUCCGUCUGUCUCCUUGAGCAAAAACGAAAAGUCGUUUCUUCCAAUAUUGAUGUUCCUCCAGCAAGGAAAUCUUCAGAGGAACUGGACAUGGACAAGGUGACAGCAGCAAUGGUACUAACCAGCUUGUCCACCAGCCCUUUGGUUCGAAGCCCUCCUGUGCGGCCAAAUGAGGGCCUCAGCGGAUCCUGGAAGGAGGGAGGAGGCGUGCCAUCCAGCAGCAGCAGCAGCGGCUACUGGAGCUGGAGCGCCCCCAGCGACCAGUCCAACCCGUCUACGCCGUCGCCGCCGCUGUCGGCCGACAGCUUCAAGCCCUUCCGCAGCCCCGCGCCGCAGCCGCAGCCGCAGCCGCAGCCGCAGUCGCAGCCCGACGACGGCAUCGACGAGGCGGAGGCCAGCAACCUGCUCUUUGACGAGCCCAUUCCCAGGAAGAGAAAGAAUUCUAUGAAGGUGAUGUUCAAAUGCCUCUGGAAAAACUGUGGGAAAGUGCUGAGCACAGCAGCAGGUAUCCAGAAACACAUACGGACCAUUCAUCUUGGACGCGUUGGGGACUCCGACUACAGUGAUGGAGAAGAGGACUUCUACUACACUGAGAUCAAGCUCAACACAGACUCCGUGGCAGAUGGACUGAGCAGCCUGGCCCCCGUCUCACCUUCUCAGCCCCUGGCUUCGCCGCCUACUUUCCCCAUCCCAGAUUCAAGCCGAACGGAAGCUCCUUGUGCCAAAACUGAGACGAAACUGAUGACACCCUUGAGCCGCUCAGCUCCCACCACCCUCUACCUCGUGCACGCCGACCAUGCUUACCAGGCCACGCCCCCCGUGACCAUUCCAGGGUCGGCCAAGUUCACCCCCAACGGCAGCAGCUUCAGCAUUUCUUGGCAGUCUCCUCCAGUUACCUUCACAGGCAUUCCAGUGUCGCCAACGCAUAAUCAUCCGGUGGGCACAGGAGAGCAGAGACAGCACACUCACACGGUCUUGUCCUCCCCACCCAGAGGGACAGCCAGCCUGAGGAAGCCCAGGGGAGAAGGCAGAAAGUGCCGGAAGGUGUACGGCAUGGAGAACCGUGACAUGUGGUGCACCGCGUGCCGCUGGAAGAAGGCCUGCCAGAGGUUCACUGACUGAGGGGCCGCCGGCGCCCGGGUCGCUGCUGCCCUCGCCUUCCGCUGCAGGUCUGGGAAAGCGCUUUCGCUUCUGAACAAAAUCCACUUGAAGCCCAGGAAAAGCACUUCCAGGAAACGUGGUGGAGUUACAGCAAAAAACUAAGGUCACCGCCGUCCACUGCUCUUGCUGAGAAUCCAGCCUAGAGCGGCUGUAACUGUUUUUUUUCCUUGAAAAGAAAAGUCAGCUUUUUUUUUGCUGUAUGGCUGUGACUGCAAACUGUGGACCUCUGUAGCAAUUGAACCAACAAAGCCCAUUUUACCUAGAAAGGAGGCAUAUUUUGAUAAGCUUUCUGAAUAAUGCCAUUUCUGAGAUUUUUUGACAUAUUAAAAAAAAAAAAAAAGCUACGCGUCAUCCAGUAGCAUUUGUACAGAGAACGACACUUGCUUUCGCUGUGAAUAGUAUUUUCCCUGUUUUCCAUUUGACUUCUUGGAGCAGUGCGCAUCGUGACGCGUUGCCGGAAGGCGCAGCGCUCCGAGCGUCUCUUCUGUGUCUUGUUUGUUUGUUUGUUGCGUUGGGGAGGAUGGCCCCAGACCGAAGCAUGGCAGAGCCAUUAGCUUGGAGGCCUCGGAUGGCGUCAACCCGAAAGGAGAUCACCAGCAGACCUCAGCCCCAAGCUGAGUUCAGGACAUCCCGCUAUAACGUUGGGAACAUCUAGGAGUCUUCCUCAGAUUGCUAAGAAGCCCUUCCUCCGAGAGGCGGCUCAGCUCAUUCUCUACCUGUCACAGCUCCAUCAAGGACUGGCACGGCAGCCACCUGGGUCAGCCUCGAGGCUUCUGAUCAGGGAUGCGAUGCGAACCGCAGCGCCCAUCCGUUUGUCACUGCUUCUCUGACAGCGCCGUUGCCAGGUUAGUGGGUCGUCGGGCUGUCCCUCAAAUCCCCACCACUGACCGGUUUCAGAAGGGGUAGAGAAGCCUGACUGUCCCCACAGGUUUGCUGGAGACAGCGGAGCACAGCCCAGCGCAUCCCCCUCUGUUCAGAGAGACCUGUGAGGUCAGCAAACCGACAUCCAUGCUGAGUGCACUUUUACAGGUCUUAUGCUUUAGCGUGUCUGGGAGAUGGGUUAAUGAACAAUACAAACGUGAUCUGAGAACAUGGGAGGUCCAGAACUUUAUUUUUCUUAUAAAAAUAUUCCGUUCACUAGGAAUGUGCUCAGAGGGGAAUGAACGGAACACCAAAAUGAAGAUGCAUGUGGGUAUAGGAAUCUCUCAGUUCAGUAGGACCAGGGCUUGCACUGUGUUGCGUUUAGCAGGUUUCCUAGCCUUGUGUGUUUGUGUGUGUGUUUGUUUGUUUUGGUGGUAGUGUUGUGUGGGAGUAGUUGUCACGUUCUAUAUACAAGCUCAUUGUCUAUCUGUCCUACUCUCGAUUGCCCUGCUGAAGUUACUUUUCCUAUCCCUAUGCAAAGGAGUAAGAGCACCUUCUAGGAUGCGCUGUGUCAGGACGGGGAGCCGAGGAUCAGCCAUAGGAAUGUUCAGUGAAAUUGCCCAGAGGAGAGUUUAAUAUACGUUUAGAGAUUGUACAUACAUGUUUGUUUUAAGGAGUUGAAAGAAGUCACUUAGGAAUAACUUAACUCCUUUUCCUUUUCUAAGCAAGGGAAAUGGAAGAAGGUUCCACGGUGUAAUAUCCACAGCCUGUACGUGCAUAGAUUCUGGCAAUUUUAUUUUUGAAGCUCUCGCGUGACUUGUGAAGCCUUAUUCCUCAGAAGAGAUCCUGUUCUCUUCCUUCGUUUAUUUUCCUCUUGAAAACACGUAGUUCAAGAGAGCAGGAAAAGAGCUCCCUUUAAUUUCAUGUGUAACCGAAAAUCAUGUUUCAUUUCAUGGUUACCAAUCAAUAGUAGCCACAGCACCAGCUGUAAUGUGUGUUUUCGUAUUUACGAGGUCAGCCAGGAAAGGGCAUUUUUUUUAAAGGGCCGAAGCGUAGUUGCGUCCUCAGCCCCAGCGUGUCUUUUCUCCUCCCUGGAGUCCUUUCGUCUCACCCACAGGCACCCUCUGCUGUGACACGACGCUCUGGCCUGGUCCAGGAGGCCUGGGCUAUCACUCAAGCGGGUUCACCGCGUACCGAGAUGAUGGCUGGGAUGCAGUCCCCGAGCAGAGGUCUCUCUCUUCGCCAGAGCUCCGUGGCUCCUGAUCCUUGGAUUAAGUCACUCAUCAAAAACCAUUACAGUGAUGAGGGGCUAAAUCCAUCCUCCCCACUUCCCAGAACUCUGGGACCCAGGAAGGGAGAGGUCCUCACUGCAGAGCGGCCCAGGAGGGAGGUUCUGGGGCCGUGCCCCAGAGAAACAGCGCAUGAUUGGCUCUGAGCUCUGGCCUGGAGGAGCCUAGCUCAGUCCUUACCUGGGUUUUUGCCAGUGCACAGGUAUAAGCAGGAGCGAACUGCCGAAUGCAUCUUCCCUGGGACCUCUUGUCUUUUCUAACGCCUUCUUCACGCAUACCCUUCUGCCGCUCCUGCCCACGUGGGGACUCCUUUCUGCCUACCGGCCCCGGUCUCUGUGUACCUUCUUCUCUGGCACCAGGGUGCACGAACCCUCAGUCCCUUCUGGCACACAACGACAUCCAUUUUUUUGUACCAAGGCAUGUAAUAACUGGAGAACCACCAAAAUUACCUGGCUGGCCUUGGGAAAAAAGUGAUUAACUUCUUGCAAGCCACACAGAAAGCUAUGAGUUGCAAUAUACAGCACUGAUUGUAAAAGCCAAAAUUACAAAAAAAAAAAAAAAAAAAGACAUAGAGCUAUUUUGUUAUAUUUUGGAACUAAAUGAAGUGCCAAAUUAAGCCUGACCUUCAUUUUAUACCAUCUCUGUGGUACCACGUUCUUUUAUGUCUUCGUUUGGCAGGGGGAGGUGGGGAUGGGUGCGAAGGGCAGCCCCACGGCAUGCUGGCUGGUUAACCGGAGCUCCGUCCACCCCACGGAUCUCUGAGACUUGUCUGUGCAAAAGGAAUGGCAAUACAAUGGAUUCUAGACCCAAAGUAUUUCUAAAUAAGGCGUGCGCUAGCCUUUUGACCUUUCUCUCCCUUGAUACUUCUUCCUUCAGAAAAUAGUUCCCAUCUCUGUCUCAAGAAGGCAUUUCACGGUAAUGGACAGGCAUUCUUCAGGUAGCUGCGAAGCAAGGAGGAUUCAUCAUCCGGCAGUAGGUUUAAGCCUUAGUCCUUCCCAGAGGAUGUGUGCCCAGUUUAUGGGCAGCAGUGUGACAAGAUGGAGAAGACACCCGGGUAGCAAGUGGGUGGGUUGGAGGCCCGAGAGGAGAGGCCUAUGGACAUCUGGCUCCCACUCACCUUGUUCAUGCUGAUCGGCCAGUGGUGACUGUCCCUGGACACCUUGGAGGGAGCUGUCAUGUUGCCCCUCCAGGAGCGGCUGCCUGCAGCAAGGAGGGAGCUCCCUUACGGGAAGCGGCUCUGACCAGGGAUGCAGGACUCCCGUGCACAUCUCCAGUGGGCAUGGACUUCCUCCCACCUUACUUGCUGGAAAGGUUCCUCACCUGGUUGGUAAACGCCAGGCUCAGGAAGAAGGCAGUGGGCUCCUGAAUGAGUGCGCGCCCUGCGGUGAAGUGCCUGUCAGCAGCUCCGUGCACCGAGGUGCCCUUUAUCAGAUGGUCCCUUGUCCAGUCACAGCUGUGUUGCAGACAAACACUUGCAGUAGUGAUGGGGGUUACAGUUCUUGGGCUUUCCAACAUCUUUUCAAAGAAAUAGUUACACGGAUGGUGCGAAGGAUUUCUGAGACUGAGAUGCCCUCUAUCCCAUUUCAAGAUCGUCUGCGCCUGAGUCGGCUGUCGCCAGUGUCACACCAGGCCACGCUUUUGAAAGCCGCCCUGGGUUCUGAAGUAGCCCUCACCGCUGCUGCAGGCCUCCUUCAUCAGACUUCAUCGGAAAACAAAAGAGCGGCAUUCACCUGCGAAUGUUUAGAGGCAGGGGGCAAGAACUGUACAUACGGGAGAGAAUACCUUGAGAAUAGUAGCAAAAUACUGUCAAUAAUAUUCAUUUCCUCAGGGAAACUUAAAGGGUAUGUGGAAGAUAGACCUGGGAGAUCCUAAAACUAGAAAGACUUUUCUUAUCUCCAGAGUCUUUCCCAGUCAGAACUGUUCGGGCGGUAUUUUUUUUUUUUUUUUUUUAAUGAACAUGAUAAGUAUUUCAAGACAAAUUUACAUGAACUGGACAAUACUAACUUUUUGAAGAGCAAUGCUCUAUGGCAAAGAGCUGUUUCUUUGUAGCUGACGUGCAGUCUAAGGCUGCCAUGUGAACCACAGGCACAGUCCCUGGUGGAUAUUCACAGACUCUUAGAAGGCUUUUCCUGAAUGUAAUUGUGAAUACGAAGCCCUGGUGUUCCUUUUCGUAAUCACCCGGUUGGGUGACUGUACACAGAACUCUGUAGGCGAAAGCUGUUAAAGACAUGCGUUUUGCAUUAAUAGCAUGUUAAGGAGCGAACUUCCAUGGACUUUUGCGGACAAGGUGCUGCUUUUUCUCAUGACCCUGUAGAAUUUCUAUCGACCACAUCAACUGUAGCAUUGACCUGGAUGAAGACAGGGAAGGAUUUGUGCAUACAAAUGAGGGGAAACAGAGCCGAAUUCAUGAAUAUGGAUGAGGAUGUGGAUCAUUUUGGAGAAGGCCCUGGGUACAUGGGUCAACUGGAAAUUUCAUUUCUCUGAGAAAAUGCCCCUACCAGUGGCACAUACACACUCCCUGUUCCUCAUACCUGUGGGGAUUCCUCUCUGCUGGAACUGUUCCCUUGUGUCUUUUUCAUUGUAACUUGUCAAAGCAGAAGUCGGUAAAUAAAGUGAGAUUAGCACUUUUAGGUACCAAUUGUAUCACUAAGUAAUGCACACCAAUAGAGCAAGAAAGUAUAAAAUGUAUUUAAGACCGACCGGUUUGCUUAUUGUGAGUGACUUUGAAAAAACCCAUACCCAAUGAUAUACAUGCUUUAAAAGGUGUACCUAGUACAAGACCAGAUUUCCAAGUGGGGACCUUACUUCUGGUCCUGUUUUGUAAAUAGUGGCUUUUUUUUUUUUUUUGAAGACAAUCUCCUGUUUUAUAACUUCUCGUGUGGGUCUGAGAAUCACAAUGGUAACGUGUUGUGUCAAAACGUAAUCUUAAAUACAAUAAUAAUUAUAACUUAAUUUUCCAAAUAAGACAAGAAAUAUACUGCUUUAGGCUUCUACAAUUCGAAGAGACAUGACACUUUUAUAAUAAGCAUUGGUACUUCUCAAGUAAACAGAACUGGAAAUAUUUUACAAGAUGCAGUGUUUUGUAAUCACAACGAACAUGAACAUUUUGUGGGAAAUGACCUUGGUUUUAUACAUUGUAGCUUAUUUUUUAAAAUACAGUAUUUACCAGACAGGAAGUGUUAAUAUUAUAAGCAAUUCCUGCUCUCCAAACAAAGGGCUAUGCCUCUUUUAAGCAAGUGUUUUUGAUGCAUAUCUUUUCAACUAGCCCUCUGUAGCAAGGGUAGAAAUGCAGAUCAUGUGGAAAGGUUAUUGUUAAGAGAAUCGAGAUAGCAACAGCUACUCCUUUUAUCAUUGCCAGUGUGUUUUCAAAGUAUUAUGGGAAAAGACACUUUAAGGAUCAACCAUAUGUAUCUUAAAUGGGAAAAUGUUAAUAGAUACGCUUGUAAGCAAUGGGAGAAACAUUCUCGUAAAUUCUUUAGUGUAAAAUGAGAUUGCGUCACAAAGACAAGCUUACCACAAACCUGCAUUUAACUGGCAACUAUCAUUUGCUGGUAAUUUUUGAAAUCAUGGUAUUGUAAGCCCAAAGAUAGAAUUUUAAGGUGAUCAGUGGUGUUUGAAAUAACUUUCCUCAGCACUAACUAAAUAACUUUAAUUUCCUUAUCAAAGCAAUUGUUUGAUUUUUCACAAGAAGAACAGACAUGCAAGGUUGUGAUCAGAAAGUCACUGUAUUCCCCAGAAUCAAGAAACAAGGGAGGGAGCCAUGGAGAGCUUAUUAACUGCACAAAUAAUUUUGAGCUUUGCCAAAACCAUUUCAUAAUGCUGUACAGUUUCUUCUAGCCCACUCACUGUUUAAAAAAAAUAAUAAUAAAGCAUCUUUUCUUUCUAAGAUUUCAGUAACUCAGAAGCUAAUUAGCAGUAUGCAGAUAACAUCAAAAGAAAAGCUGGGAUAGAAUGACCAUGUAUCCAUUGGGCAACUCCUGUGAAGUGGCCAGGGGGUCACUCAGACCUUGCUUUCAAAUAGCUUUUAGAAUGUGCACACGUGAGGACUAGAAAUGCACAGAGAUAUGGGCAACCACGUCCAGCCUCGGCUCCUGGUCUCUGAGAUGAGGCAGUCUGCAACUCUCUGUCUUCAUUCCCUUGAAUAAUUACAUCGGUAGCAUUAAAUCCCCAAGAAGUGUUUACUGCUAUAUGGUUUUGAACCAAAUGAGUCUUGCUUCAUUUUUAAAUAGAAGCUUCCUAAUGGGUCAUAGCAGAAGCCUUAGAAAAGCCAGGCAGUAUCUGUAAGUGAACGAUUCAAAUCAGGCAAAACAGGGGCACUACAGAACGCUGGAGGUCAUUGUGAGCCAGAGAGCCCGCCCACCCACUGCAUAGGGCACCCAGCACUGCAUAGGGCACCCAGCACUGCAUAGGGUACCCAGCUCCAGACAAUCAGAACCAUGUAGAAAUCAGGCCCAGGGCUGCUAGAUCUUCUGACUUGGAAAUACGGUGUUACCUGACAUUUAAGUGUUGACAACUAACUCAAAUUCUUGGCCAACACUGUAGAGACCAAAGAGAACCUAUGGAGGGGCAGAUGGCAGCCUUUGGCCACCAUUUUCUCACAUGGAACGUGAGAUGUCAGGGAAAGCACAUCUCACAUUCCACGGCCAUCGGGUCACCUUCCUCCCUCAGCCCCACAAAUUCACACGUUGGCACUAUCUGGGCAACUAAAAUCAAGGAAAUUAUUCUCAUGGAGGACUUGAAUAUAAAAAUACAGUAUCCUUAAACUAGCCUUGCCUCUGAUCACAGUACGCUGAAGUACUCUCCAGCUCUCGCCCACGCCAGGCCCCAAAGCACUGAAUAACUGUCAUCCCAACUUGAGUUUUCACUACCGUGACCACUGUGAUGAGGGGCCAGCAAAGAGCAGGCUUGUGCCUUCAGAGAAGGCAGCCAGAGGCCCCUGCAGCUGAAGAGAGCCCCCUUUGCCUCCCCGUGCCAAAGCCCUUUGCCAGCCCUUCCCCACUCCUUCCCGCCCCACCCUGCCUCGUGAGUCUUCAUCCAGGGUGAAAUUUCCAUUGUUUCAUCUCCGACACAGCAACAUCCCUGCUUCAGAACUGGUAGGUAUUUUAGAAUGUCCCCUAACCCCACAAUGGAGUUUUUCCACAGAGAAAACCUUAGUGUCUUUGUCCGAGGGCAAAAACGAAGUGGGAAUAAAUGUGUCAUGGAAAAAAUUAGAAGCUGCUUCUUCCACUUGGGUGGACUGACUUUCAGCCCUGUCUCACACCAGAGUCCUGAUGGUGUUGGGUUAAUCACUACCCUUCUCACAUAUACGAUAAAGUAGGUGUCUUGCAGAUACAUUAUGUCAUUUGACCCUCCUAAGACCCCAGGGCACAACAGGACUAUCUGGGAUCACUUCAAGGCCAAGCCACAAUAGUCUUAAGUCUGUGAGUCAGCCUUAUCACUGUCCAAAAGGAGGAGGGGAAGCGCUUCCCACUGGCUCAUACCUUAGUCUUCCGGACACGAAACCUGAAAAGACCUAGGGAUCCACCACGUUCCCAUCCUUUCAGCCCAACUCUCAGGCUCUCUGCAUAGACACAAAGAGGGCACUCAUUCACACUGUCACAUGCAAAGUCCAUCGUCCCCAAAGGUAUCCCUUUAGGGUGCUGCCGUGCCCCCACUCCCUAAGUUCUCACCAUCUAAGUGGCUAAUUAUAGGAGUUUCUGAGCUACUGUAAUGUUCUGAAUAGAAGUUUUGACUCCUUGGGAAAAUAAUUACUUUGCUAAUAUGCAACGCUUGUUAUCCAUAAAAACGCAAACUGAUGCCAGAAAAUUUUAAAGCAGCUCAGAUUUACAGUUUUUCAUGAUCAAAUCAAAAGAUACUGUCAAUUCAAAGUUGGAAACACCUGGUAAUAUAGUUAAGUCACGUUUAAAUACGAAUGCAAUUUAAACAACCCUGUCAAUGCCUGAGACCUCUGUCACCGUGAGGGACUAAAGUCUGUCCAACAAUGAACAUGGUCCUUCAGGCCCUUUGCCCUGUCGUUGACACAGGGUGAGGGUAAAGCCACUCACGGGAAGUGUAGUCAUGGAGCUAAACCAUUAUGGCCUGCCACCUACUUCAUGAACAGCUUUUUGAUAAAUGAGACUCGUAUUAUUGGUCUGAAAACACAGUGCUGGGGGAGGACUUUCCUCCUCUGCAGGAAAAGAAGUCCAUUUUGCAAUGGGGAGCACCAAUGCCAGAUCAGUGGCUGGGCUCCGUGAACAAGAAGAAAGCUGAGGCCCGCAAAGAAGAUACGGAUUUUGAAAGAAGGCGGAGACUGUGAAGUCAAUGCUCCAAUUGUAGUCUUCAUUUAAAAAAAAAAAAAAAAGCUAUUUCAUAUUGGGCGCCAUUCACAGAAUUUUUAACUGCCAGCUUCCAACGAAAGAAUCCCUUUUAUUCAUGUUAUGAAAAUGUUAAGAAUUUAAUUCUUGAGUCCAGUUAACCAUUACAUUUAUUUACUGGGGCAAUUCCCUAAAUUUUUAAUUCAGAAGAUUCACUAGAGUAGAAAGUAGCAAGUCCUGAAAAAGGCAAGAGGGUGGUCAUGAAAUAACAACAUUUUCUUUAAAAAAAAAUGAUAAUAAUAAUAAAAGUUGCUCAUCUAUUUUCUUCUGCAUUCUCUCCACAUCUCUGACUAGAGAGGAAAACCAGGACUCUAGAGAAGAAAAUGAGCUUAAGGAGAGAGAACAGUCCCUGUUCUGGUGACUAGUCCUAUUUCCCCUCAUCUUGGCAUCCACCUUGUGUUUGCUAGAGGGACAUGACUGAGGCCACGCUGUUAUCAUGUAUUUUUGCCUCCAAAAGUUCCAGAUUAAACACGUGCUUCUGUGCUGAUUUCUCACUUUUAAGUUAAGGUCCAAAGGGAUAAAUAUUACUAUGACUUUAUGUGGGGCUCAGUGAGGCUACCCUCUUCUUCCGGAGAGAAAUUUCCAUCUGCCUGAACAGUUUUGGGUGAUCAUUCAGAGAGCAGGUCAGUCAGCGUACAACCUGCAACCCUCAUCACAAAAGACUCAUGGAGAAAGAGUGACAAGGCAGAUACCUAAUCGUUUCACCUGGACUCAAAGCCCUCUGCACAAGUCACCUGCCCACCGGCUGGAGUGCCAGCUACGUGAUCAGAACCAGCAGGGAAGGACGGAGGAAGAGAGCUUCCCACUUAAUUUCUCUGGGCCCUGACCUCUGCCCAUGACUAUACAGCCUGAGAACCGACUUGGCCUCUAUUAUGUGAAAAGAAAGUGGCCCCUUCAAGGUAUAAUUGUUUUAACUUGAUAUUUACGUAAGGAGAAAACUCCUCCAGUUGUUAAGCACCUGCCCCUCACCCUGAUGGAGCCCUCUUCCCAACUUUGGGCACACGUGGCCAAGAUAAAGGGGGGAAAGUAGAGCUUUUGGGGCCAGCAGGGCCAGAGCUGGAAUUACCCCUCAGGGAUCUACAGUGUAGUGGAAUUACAAACUGCCCCUCCCCCCAAAAUAAACAGCAUGCAUCUCUUUGCAGAUUACAAACCCUUGCUUUGCUUUGUACGCCUUUUUAUCCUAGACUCUGCUAAUUGGAAAUCAAUGACUGUGACUUGACCAAGCCCUGUGAAGAUAGCAAAGCCCCUUCUUCCAAAGUAUCCCAACUGUUUGGGGAACCUCUGUGAUCACUGGUAGAAAGCUUUAGAAUAGAUUUAGAUUUUUAGGAAAGAGCUCAAUACCCCCAAAAUGUUCCACAACUUCAAUAACUGAAAAUGCUCUGGGUGUAAAAUAACCCAGGAAUGUGGAUUAUGUAUGUUUAAAAAUAAUGUCAUUAAUCAAUAUUUUCCUACAACGCGACCUAGAAUUCCUAUUUUUGUAAUGAAUGGUUGGAUGAUGGCCAACCAUUUAAAACAUAUGCUCUCUGGAAUAACCAGAUACUAGUGUAGUUUCCAAAGUGUUUCGUGUCUCAAAAUCUAUAUACUUAGAGGAAGAACUCAGGAUAAGAAAAAAAUCGCUAGGUCCCAAAGGGUUCAUGACUAUCAUCAAAUGCAACUGUCGAGUGGCCUACAGUCAUCUUUUUCGAAUGAGGGGCCUGGGGAAUAAGAAAACAACGGUUAUCACAAACCCUCCGUCGCCCUUAGUCCAUGAUAAGGUUUUUUAAAAACUCCACUUUUAAAAAUUAAGCCAUCUUUCAAACUGUUUUCUAUACCAAAUCUAAAAUAUCAAAAUGAAAUUAGGAAAUAUUUCAGAUGGGGUAUUUAGUGGAAAUGCUGUCAGUAGAAAGCAUUGCUUUUCAGUGCCUGCUAAACAAGUAAAGACAGACUGAAGAGAAAAAAGCAGUCCCUUCUGUGUGAUGCCAGUGGUAAAAUGACAGGCGUUAACUAGUAACUGGGCACUAAUUCAAAGCAAUGUGGCGAUGCUAUCCAAUUUUUAGAGAUCUUUUGAAAUACAAUCUUACCACCAUGUGGAGGUAAGUACUUGCUUACAAAAAUCUUUAAUAUCAGUGAAUGAAUGUAUGAAGUUACAAACUAUGCAUUUUCAAAGAGUAACAUGUAUUUUGUAUCAAAUCCAAGUAAAUUUUUUUCAUAAAUGUAUCACAACCACAAAUUAUGAAAAUAAACUUGAAUGCAUAACAUUAUGGGAAUGUGGGACCCCAUCGAUAUUCUUCUAGCUGAUAUUUUUAAAGACAGUGCAUUGAAACUUCAGGCUCUAAACAAAUGCAGCCAUUAAGGUAAAUAAAUGGGAAAUGGUUUAUAUGUUACUUCGUAAGCAGAAAUGAGAAAUGCUGGCUGUUACAAAUGUGCCCAGUUUUCUAAAGGUGGAUAUUCUGGUAACACUGGAUUAGCAGGCAAACGAACUGCAUAAGGUUAAUGAGCAUCGCAUUGGAUAAACAUAGCAUAGGAUGUGUCUGUUGUGUUUAGUUCUCAACCUAAGGACAGAAACUAUUCUCCAAAGGGUUUGGGUUAUAUCGUUUCAAAGAACAAAAUAUGAAAAUGCUGUCCAGCAAAGCAAAUCACUGAGCUUUUUUCAAAAGCACACAGAGAUAAUUACUGUACAUGUCUGGACCGUCCAUAUAGAAUAGACACACAUUGCUUUGGCACUCUUGUUGACUUUGUAUUUCCGUGAAACCUUUUCCCCUAAUCAUUUAUCCUUGCUCCUCAAUCAGUAACCUACUACGUUGCUCAACAUGAAAACAUAUUCUCUCCUCCUUCUGACAAAGUUGAAAUAAAGAACUCCAUUCCUCUGCCAUUCCUGCUCUCUUCUAUGUCCGUUGAGAAAGUUUCUCAACCGUUUGUAGAAAUGUGGAAAAUGUGGAAGAUAUGGAAAAACGCACUUCUAAGCCUGGUACUUAUGGUUAUGCUGGAUAUGUUUGCUACCUAUUUAGAAGCUAUUGGGGUUGGGGAUGUGUCUUUUUGUAUGAUUUUUAGCCAAAUUCAGAUGUUCUGAUACUCCAUUUCUGAAUACCUAUCUGACUGUAAAUAUAGCCUAUGGAGGUUCAGGCUAAUAAACCUUUUAUGUGACUGUCCCUCAGCCAUGCUCCUUGCCGGCUAUUGGCACAUUGUACAUAGAUUUGUUGAAUGUUUCAAUGAUGUUGUUUUUCUAAAUGCUGUUCUCUAAAACAACUUUUUGAAUGUUUUUUGCUUUCCAUUGUUUGGGACUUUGUGUGUUGGUUUAAAAAAAAAAAAUGUUUCCUAAAUAUUUAACACCAGGAAAAAGAGUUAAAAUAAACUGGUGCUAAUUGAAAUAGAAGAAAAAUUUCAGAUUUGAAGACUUAACAGUAUAAGAUGUUCACACCAGUUAAACUAUCUAAACUGCACUUUCCCAAGGGGACAGCUGUCAUCUACCUGCAAUGGGCAUCACGAGGACCACUGAAUGUUUACAGUCUCUGCGGCCCAUUUAAGUGUAAAAUAUAAAAAUGGCGCUGUCCCCCCAGAGUUGAGGAUUUGUCGCAGUGGUCCUAUGGAAGCAUUGAAGUAGAAGUAAAGGCUUAUAGUAAGAAUCAAUUUAGUAAUAGUCUUCUGGUCUUUGGACUUUAAUGUUCUGUAAUGCUUAGCUGUGACAAUGAACAUGGUGUUGCCAAUGUAGUCUGAAAUCAUCGUUGACCUGUACUUACUGCGUGUAUGGUUCUACCUUGGGCUGCACUGGCACAUGGCACGCCAGAACACUGGACUCUCAAUAAGACCAUUCUGACUUCUACAGUGUCCACACACAUGAAUUUAAAUGCACUUGUAACUGGUUAAUUACCAUGGAGUCUAACUUCCACUUAAUAAAAGUUUUUGUGUACCUGCUUCUA